AUGCGGGAGAUCAGGGAGACUUCCAGUUUCCCUGGUGACUACACCUGUGAGAAGUGCGCCCGGCUGUAUUUCCUGACAGACCAUUGGAAACAAGUUAUCUUCAACCCUGAGGGACUGCCAAAGAAGAAGAAGAAAAUGAUAAAUUCACCCCUGCAUUUGAGAAAAAAGAAUCAGCCAGGUUUCCUGCUCCUGGUCGCUGUCCAGAGGUUCCUGGAGGGAGGGAGUCAGAGGGAGCAGCCGAUUUUCAGCGCACGGGCCCAUGUUUUCCAGAUCGACCCAGCAACCAAACGGAACUGGAUUCCAGCUAGCAAGCAUGCUGUUACCGUCUCUUUCUUCUACGACAGUACACGCAAUGUUUAUCGGAUCAUUAGUGUCGGUGGAACUAAGGCAAUUAUCAACAGCACCAUCACCCCUAACAUGUCAUUCACCAAAACCUCACAAAAAUUUGGCCAAUGGGCUGAUAGCCGUGCCAACACCGUUUACGGUCUGGGCUUCAACUCAGAGCAGCAGCUUUCACAGUUUGCAGAAAGGUUUCAAGAGGUUAAAGAAGCUGCACGAUUAACAAGAGAGAAAUCCCAGGAUAAAACUGAAUUAACAAACCCAGCACUGGAUAUUGCAGCUCCACAGGAAUUGUCAGGAGAUCUUCAUUCACCUCCAUUGCAACCAGCCAGUGCGAAUGGGAGCAGUGGUCCAAAACUGUACCACUCAGAGAGCUGUGAUGGGGAGAUGAUGCUGGACAGUGCUCGUCUUAAGACUCUCUUCGCCCAGGGCUCUAUUGGGGAGUCACAGUGGGAGUUGGAGCUGUUUGCACUGCAGGAGAGCAACGCGAAGCUGGUUCAGGCACUGCACGAAUCAAAUGUCACCGUUGAGCAAUGGAAAAAACAGCUGUCAGCUUAUAAAGAGGAGACAGAAAAACUGCGAGACCGGGUUAUUGAGCUUGAGUCACAAGGCGAGGCGGUUGUAACAGUUGCAACUCAAAACACUGACCUCAGCCAAUCAGUGGAAGAACUUGAGACGCUGUUAAAGGAAAAGGAGGAGGAGAUCCAGAUGCUGAGAAGCCAAAAGUCUGAUGUGACUGAUUUAGAAAGUGACCGGGAGGAGGCCCUGCUGAGACUGCAGGAAGUUGAGAAUCGGAAUGCUGAUCUAGAGCAACAGCUACAGGAUGUGGAGCAGACACUGGUUGACUGUGUGAAUGAUCGAGAGAGGAUUCAGUGCGAUGCACGGAAGCUGCUGGAUAUCCUUGACGUCAAGCUUUAUGAAUUGAAUGAUUUGCGACAUGGUUUAGCUAAAAUUGCUGAGAAGGAGGAAAAGUCUUGAAACGUACAACUGGCCUGAGAGCGGCGCAUCAAUUGUUUCACUUUAAUGUCUGUUGUUCCUCAUUCUCAGUAGUCUCUUCAACAUCAUCAAUCACUGAUCCCCAUUCCCAUCACCCUAUUUUACAUUCACUUCUGUUUUACCACUCAGAUGAGGUCACAGAAUCUAAGCAGCAAUAGCACUGACCUCUCAGGUAUUUCUGUGAAUCAGCAUUUCACCGCCAAGUCCAGAAGGUGCAAAUCCAAAGCUGCAGCUUAUCCCUGUGACAGUUCACUCUUGGUUUCCAAUCAACUAACUCUUCAAUGGCUUUUUUGCUUGUAUCAAUAACCCUGAGAUUCUUUUUCUGUUUAUCUAAAUCUCCUUUCACAUUUAUAACUGAAUGAGCUCACACUGCCCAUUCAGUACGUGAGCAAGUGGCCCAAUUUCAUUUUCAGAAGACACUUUGUUCAAGAGGACACAAACUGAACAUAAUAAAACAAACCAGUCAGCAAGACCCACAUCUUUCGCUGUAACAUAGUGAUAUGCCUCCCACCACCCCCGCCACUAUAACACUCUAAUAUAUCCCACAUCUCUCAGUCUAACACUCUGAAAUCCCUCACAGUAGCACUGAUAUAACCCACUCACCUCACUAUAACACUCCAAUGUACCCUACACCCUUCACUUUAACACUCUAAUAUAGCCCAUGCCCCUCACUGGAACAGACUGAUAUAUUCCACAGCUCUCACUGGAACACUAAUAAUAUGCCUCUCUGUAACACUGAUAUACACCACACCCCUCACUGGCAUACACUGAUAUAUCCCACACCCUUCUCACACAUUUGACACUAAAUCUUGGGCCAGAAUUUCAACCUCAAGUUGGUUUGUGGGAGCUGGGAAUUUAAAGUGUCCAUAAGGAUGGAUUUCUCAUUGCUGGCGAGCAGAUGAUGGUUGCAGUCAGGCAGUGUGCUCUUGGAGAAAGUUCAGGGGCAGCCGCAGGGUCUGCCAGCUGUUUAAAAGGCCUGUCAUACUGUUCUGGAGCUGUGUCUCAGUCACCAUAAUGACAGAAAAGCCUUCAUGUUCCCUCUCCAGCUCUUCCUCUCCAUGUAUUCCCUAUCACAGCUCAGGCCCCCUUCCCACCCCCAUAGCCCAAUAUGCUGCUUAAUGCCAAUAUACAAUACCUCAAACAACCCAUGGCUUUUCAUAACCGUGUGCCAGGCUAUGGCACUUCAAUGCCCAUUCACCCACUAUAUAGAAGCAUUGAAGGUUGGAUGUGUAAAAACUGCUUCUAAAAAAGUCAUUUGUUGAUGUUUAAAAAGUUCUCCAUAUUACAGCCAAUAAACAUGUUACACAAAUUUAAGAAAUGGGAUUAAGAGCAAGGUCAUUUGGUCCCACAAACCUGCUCCAAUAUUCAAUAUGUUCAUGGCUGAUUUGGUUAUUUCACAAUCCCCCCAGCCUCAAUAACUUUUCACCCCAUUGCAUGUCAAGGAUCCUCUGCCUUAAAAAUGUUCAAAGGCUGCUUCCACUGCUUUUUGAGGAAAAUAGAAGGCUUCAAGGUAACAUGGAUAAGUUGAGUGAGUGGGCAAAUAUAUGCCAGAUGCAGUUUAAUGUGGAUAAGUGUAAAGUAAUUCACUUCGGGAGGAAAUACUGAAUGUCAGAAGAUUAUAUAAAUAUAAGAGAUUAUAUAUAAUAUUAGGAAAUAUUGAUGUACAAAGGGACUUGGGUAUCCUUGUACAUAAAUCACCGAAAGCAAGAAUGUAGGUGUAGCAAGUAGUUAAGAAGGCAAAUACCAUGCUGGUUUUCAUCGCAAGGGGAUGAGAGUACAGGAGCAAGGAAGUAAGUCUUAUUGCAGCUGUACCAGGCUUUGGUGAGACCACACCUGUAGUAUUUUACAUUGUUUUGGUCUCUUUACCAAAGUAAAGAUAUACUUGCUAUAGAGGAAAUUCAGCAAAUGUUCACCACCUUAAUUCAUUAUGUGGUAGUUCAUACGAGAAGAAAGUGCAUUGACUUUAUUUACUGGAGUAUAGAGGCAUUCUAAUUGAAACACAAAAAAUUCUUACAUGACUGGACAGACUCGGUACAGGAACGAUGUCCCCCUGCCCCCCAAUUUGGGACCGGGUUUGUAGAAUAAUGCGGCACAGUCGCUAUUUCAACUGAGAUGAGAAGAAAUUUCUUCACUCAAGAGGGUGGUGGUCUUGUGGAAUCCUCUAACACAUAAAGCUGUGGUGGUGAUGUCACUGAAUAUAUUUAAGAAAGAAAUAGUUAGAAUUCUAGACACUAAAGGUAUCAAGUGACAUAGUGAGAGACUAAGAGAGUGCAAUCGGACAGAGGAUCAACCAUGACCCUACUGAGUGGUGGAGUGGGUUUGAAGGGCCAAAUGGCCUACUACUGUUCCUAUUUUCAAGUUUCCAAGUUUUCUAAUGGUGACUGACAGUUAACUGUCAAGCUUUCAUUGAGUAAUAAACCAAGCAGGUUGAUGCAUUACCUGGAGAAUGAACCAGGGAACGUCUGAUAAUUCUUAAAUGGUUGCCACCUAUUUUAUUGAAUCAUCCCAAUUCUACAAAAGUUCAGGCCAUUAACUGUUUUUUCUCUCUACAGUUGCUGCUAGACCUGCUGAGUUUCUCCAGUACUUUUUAUUUGUAAGCCUUCACUAUGUGUCCCUCUGGUAACUGACUCGUGCCACUAAACAGUUUAUCCUAUUUGUUUCCUUUGUUUUUUCAUGGGUUGUAAGCAUCACUGGCAAGGCCAGCAUUUGUUGCCUAUCCCCAGUUUCAUUUGAACUGUUUUGUGUCUCUAGGUCAUUUUCGAGGGCAAUUAAGAGUCAAUCACACUGCUGUGGAUCUGGAGUUACAUUUAAAUCAGACCAGUUAUGGGCAGCAGAUUUCCUUCCCUAAAGGACAUUAGAGUUUAUAAUGAUCAAUGAUAGCUUCGUGAUCACCAUCACUGAGACUGGCUCUCAAUUCCAGGUUUAUUGAUCGAAUUCAAUCAAUUUACUCUUUUAAUACUCUAUAAAAUUUUGAACAUUUUAAUUAAAACUUCUCUUAAUGUUCUCUGCUGUAAAGAGAACAAUCUCAGCUUCUCACAUUCACUGAAGACCCUUAUCCCUGGUACCGUUUCAGUAAAUCUCUUCUGCACUCGUUCCAUACAUCCUUCUGAAGUGGGUGUUCAGUAUGUGACAUGACUCCAGCUGGGGCCUAAUCAGUGAUUUAUAAAGGUUCAGCAUGACUUCCUUGUUCUUGUACUUAAUGUCCCUAUUGAUGUAGCACUGGGUGCUUUACUUUGUUAUUCUACUCUGCUUUAAAGAUUUCAAUACACACUUGCAGGUCUCUCCAUAUUUCUGCAGUCCUGUAAAACUUAUACAAUUUAGUUUAUUUUGCCUUUCAUUAUUCUUCCCACCAAAGUGUAACAUUUAACAUUUUUCUGUACUAUAUUGCAUUACCUAACAGUGUAUCCUCCUGAACUCUAUUAUUAGCCACCUCAUUGUUCAUUGCAAUUGAACAAAGAACAAAGAAAAUUACAGCACAGGAACAGACCCUUCAGCCCUCCAAGCCUGCGCCGAUCCAGAUCCUCUAUCUAAACCUGUCGCCUAUUUUCCAAGGAUCUGUAUCCCUCUGCUCCCUGCUCAUUCAUGUGUCUGUCUAGAUACAUCUUAAAUGAUGCUAUCGUGCCCGCCUCUACCACCUCCGCUGGCAAUGCGUUCCAGGCACCCACCACCCUCUGCGUAAAGAACUUUCCAAGCAUAUCUCCCUUAAACUUUUCCCCUCUCACCUUGAAAUCGUGACCCCUAGUAAUUGAGUCCCCCACUCUGGGAAAAAGCUUCUUGUUAUCCACCCUGUCUAUGCCUCUCGUGAUUUUGUAGACCUCAAUCAGGUCACCCCUCAACCUCCAUCUUUCUAAUGUAAAUAAUCCUAAUCUACUCAACCUCUCUUCAUAGCUAGCGCCCUCCAUACCGGGGAACCUCCUCUGCACCCUGUCCAAAGCAUCCACAUCCUUUUGGUAUUGUGGCGACCAGGACUGUACGCAGUAUUCCAAAUGUGGUCAAACUAAAGUCCUAUACAACUGUAAAAUGACCUGCCAACUCUUGUACUCAAUACCCCGUCCGAUGAAUGAAAGCAUGCCGUAUGCCUUCUUGACCACUCUAUCCACCUGCGUUGCCACCUUCAGGGUACAAUGGACCUGAACACCCAGAUCUCUCUGUGCAUCAAUUUUCCCCAGGGCUUUUCCAUUUACCGUAUAGUUCGCUCUUGAAUUGGAUCUUCUAAAAUGCAUCACCUCGCAUUUGCCUGGAUUGAACUCCAUCUGCCAUUUCUCCGCCCAACUCUCCAAUCUAUCUAUAUUCUGCUGCAUUCUCCGACAGUCCCCUGCACUAUCUGCUACUCCACCAAUCUUAGUGUCAUCUGCAAACUUGCUAAUCAGACCAUCUAUACCUUCCUCCAGAUCAUUUAUGUAUAUCACAAACAGUGGUCCCAACACAGAUCCCUGUGGAACACCACUGGUCACAGUUCUCCAUUUUGAGAAACUCCCUUCCACUACGACUCUCUGUCUCCUGUUGACCAGCCAGUUCUCUAUGCACCUAGCUAGUACACCCUGGACCCCAUGCGACUUCACUUUCUCCAUCAGCCUACCAUGGGGAACCUUGAGUUUUGUUUUAUCUGCAAAAUAUGAAAUUAUACUCUGUAUUCCCAAGUGCAGGCCAUGAAUAUAUAUCAAAAAGAGCAGUGAUCCCAACACCCAUCCCUGGGGAACACCAGAGUAUACUUAGCCUACAUCCUGUGAAUAAAUAAAAAAACAACUUGCUUCCAGUCUAAGAAACACCCGCUCACUGCAAUUAUCUACUUUCUGAGUUUUAGCCAGUUUCUUGUCUGUGCUGCCAAUAUUUCUUUAAAGCUACUGGCUAGAAUCUUGUUAACAAGCCAAUGAUGUGCUACUUUAUCAAGGACAUUUUCAAUGUCCUAGGGUCAAAUAUCGCUGAUUACCAGUACUCAGUGUCAGCUUAUGCUUACUGUGUUUUUAAUGAUUCACACAGCUGGUCAUGAUGUGUGUGCUAUGGUUUAUGCAUUGAUCCCCAAAAGUUCUGUAAUCUUGUUUGUGGUUGGCAGCAGACUAGUAGAUUUAGUAAGUGGUGGAGAACAUAGUUUUAUUUAGCAUUAGAUGUGUGUUAAAGUUUGAUUACUGAGCCGUACAUUUUCAUUAAGGGAGCUCAAUGUUUUGUAUGCUUUGUCAGAGUGCAGUUUUGUUUUAUGGAGCAUGAGGAAUUGGAGCUCAGCAACCCAAAGUGAUUGACAAGGAUCGGAGGGAAUGGGUCUGCUAAUCUGACUGUAAAAAAACAGAUUUAAUUGACUGUGUGAUUUCUGCAAGUCACCACAUCAACCUGGUCUCUCCUUCUCAAAUAAAUCAUAACCUGUAAAGUUCACCUUGCCCUUUGUCAGUGAUGCAGUGUUGAGAGUGGUUUGGGAUGGGUGGGAGAAAUCUGGUCUGACAGAUUGAUCAGGUCCUGAGUAGGUCAGGUCCGAAGUGGGGUGGAGCGUCAGGUCAGAGACUGGGAUUGUAACGGGUCUGAAGAGGUAAGUCGAAUAAAUAGUUAGGAGUAACACUAAAUGUUUAAUAGUCUAACUUUUCCUGAGUAAUUAUUUACUUAUUUUCAUUGGAACCCUUUGAACUCUCUAAUUUAAAUGGAUACUUUCAAACAGUUCCUGCAUCAGGGAAUUACCCAGCGGAAUCUCCAAUUUCCAGCGUAAUUCUUUCAGAAUCUGCUACAGUGGGAAUUCCAUAGGGUACCCACGUGCAACUCCCAACUACAUGGGAAUAACAAUUACGUCUGGCUUCAUAAAACGUGGCCCCCUCCUUAAGCCAUAAAUUUGCAUGGGCUCUAAAUAAAGCACAGUCACCAGAAGACAGCAUCCCCAUCAGACCCUGGACCAAUGAGCACUCAGUCAGCCUGCACACAAUCAUCAAACUUUAUGUAAAAACUCUUAAAAUUGUUUAGAUCAGAAAUUAUUACGGUAUUUAUUCCUAGGAUAAAUAAUUAGAAUUAAUAAUUACUAUAGAAUCACUAGAGGACUUUGAUAUUUAUGUACAAUAAACUGAAAUUUGUUAACGUAUUGAAGAUUCAUUAAAUUCUGCAAUUUAUAAUCAAGACACAUUGAGUACAGUACAUAUACAGACUAUACUUAGUGUAUAAGCAGUUGUGUACAUGACGUGUAUGCGGGAUACGUGGAGGCAGAAUGUGUGCUUUAGACAGAAUUUAUGUGUAGUAUAUACACAAUAUAUACGAUCUCUGAGUAGUGUAUUUGAUUAUACUAACUGUAUUUCAUGCAUACAGAAUCUACAAUAUUUAUAUGGGGCAGAACAUAUAUAAACACUUAGCUUCAGAUUGCGAGAUUCUAAUUUUGACUAAAACUGAUAACCUGUUAAUAAUCCAAUUCUAUAUAAGCCUUUUAAAAGUUGAGUGAAGAAUUGUAGAUAUCUUUCUCUGAGUAAACAAAUAAAGUGCAUAAUCAAACUA